AUGGUGCUCCAGGUAGAUGUACAAGCUUUGAGAAGUCAGCUAAUAUACGCCACCUCAAAACUAAGCAAGCUUUGUCUUUUUCAGUCAGCAAAAUGGUGCGCAGAGGCAUUGAAUGGUUUGCCCAAACCAACCACUGAGGGACAGGGACAACAGGAGCAAGGACAGGAGCAGGUACAAGUACAGGGGCAGAGACAGGCUACAAGUUCUAGUAUUCCUAUUGAGCAGCCUGAAAUUGAAGAUGUCGAAGAUCAGGACAAGAUUUUACUCGCGCAGACCUAUUUCAAUUGUAAAGAGUUUGAAAGGGCAGCACAGAUAUUGGAGCAUUGUAAAAGCGGAGAUGCAAAAUUCCUAAGGCUAUACUCGAUGUUGAUUUCUAUUGACAAGAGAGAAAAUGAGAGAAGUGAUGGUCUCCUCAUUGUUGGACAACAGAACCUCUCUAAUCUACAAACUUUGGGACAAAAUGAUUAUCUCACAAAUGAACAAACAAAAACUGACGAAUUCGGAAACUUGUCGGACUCCAAGCUAACUGAGAUUGUGAUGGAAUCAGAGGAGUACUUGGCUGUCAAAGAAAACCCCUUUUUGUACUAUCUCAAUGGUAUUAUAUAUAGGAAGAAAAAGAAGUUACAGGCGGCGCAACGUAAUUUGUACCAGUCAUUACUCGUGUUCCCAUUCAAUUGGUCGUGCUGGAAAGAGCUAAUUGAUUCAUUUUCGACUUUUGAAGAAGCAGACCUCUUUGUUGCUAGAGCAAACAAGAGAAAUGACGUCUUUUCCAAGAGCGUUAUGUUUCAUUUUUUCGAAAUGGCAGUUCUACAAGAAUCUCAAGGACGGCUGCCCCGAUUGUAUAAAAUUAUCGAAGACUUGGAGGCAAUAUUUCCUAAAUUCUUAUUCAUAAAGGAGAGAAAGUUUUUAACGUUGUACAAGAACCUCGAGUAUUUUGAAGCAGAGGCAAUAUUCGACUCCAUCUUGAUUGAGGAUCCUUUGAGGUUAGACGGAUUGGACAUCUAUUCAAACAUGUUGUAUGUCAUGGAAAAGAAAUCGAAAUUGUCCUACUUGGCUCAAUACGCAUCUCAAGUGGAUAAGUUUCGACCAGAAACGUGCUGUGUUUUGGCAAAUUAUUACUCGAUAAAUAGUGAGCAUGAAAAAUCAAUAGUUUACUAUAAGAGGGCUUUGAUGUUGGACAAGAACUGUUUGAGUGCUUGGACAUUGAUGGGCCAUGAAUUUGUUGAGUUGAAGAAUUCUCACGCGGCUAUUGAAUGUUACAGACGAGCGGUUGACACUAAUUCCAAGGACUUUAGGGCGUGGUAUGGGUUGGGACAAGCAUAUGAAGUUUUAGACAUGCACUUGUAUGCCCUAUACUAUUACCAAAGAGCCACAAACCUCCAGCCUCUAGAUAAGCGUAUGUGGCAAGCAAUUGGCAAUUGCUAUGAAAAAAUAGGUCAAUUGGAGGAUGCUAUUAAAUCAUUUGAAAAAGCGUUGGAUCUAGGAAAAUGCUUGUCGCGAGACGACGAUAUGGAAACUUGUAAUCAAAUCCCCGGAGAUGGUAUUGCAUUGGAAGAUGGAAAUGGUUUGGAAUACCAAGUAGAGCCACACAUAUGUUACCGUUUGGCUAUUCUUCUGCAAAAGCUAGGAGAUAAAAAAGCCACAUAUAAGUACAUGAAAUUAUGCUACACCCAAGAAAAGUUUUGGGGUGCCGGAGACGAGUCUUCUAGAGCUAGAAUAUGGCUAGCUAAGAAUGCAUUAAGUAAUGAAGAUCCAAGCGAAGCUUACGAGAUGGUUAAAGAUUUGAACCAUAGUAGCGCCCAUGAAGUCGAGGAGGCAAGAGCUAUUGCCCGUGAUGCCAGGAACAGGAUGAGUAAGUAA